AUGGAGUUGUGUUCCCAUAGUCUUCAGAAUAUUCUUCAACACAAACCACAAUUGCUGACUUUGGGUUGGCAUCACUGCACUCCAGUUCUUCUGGAACUCAUACCACAGGAGUGGGAACUCUUCAAUACAUGGCACCGGAAUUCCCCUGUAGAGUUGAAUAUUUAUGCGGAAUAUGAAAUAUACGACAAAUUCAUUAAAUUGGAUCUAAUCUUAGACUCGAUGUGUGUUCCCAUUCAUAGCACUCGACCCGAGUGUUCACAAGUAUUAUCGGAAUAUAACUUAUGGUCUAUUCUUGUUUCCGAAGUGAGUCAAUACAAGCGUUUCUACGAAGAGUUGCAUUCAUUAGGUUCGGGAGCUUUUGGGGAAGUGAUGAUAAUUUAAGGGAAUGUAUGCAAGAAAUGAAAAAAUUUAUAAAAAUUAGGUCACAAUAUUGCGUCCAAUAUAUCAAUCAAUGGGUUGAAAACAAUAUGUAUUACAUUCGUAUGGAGUUGUGCUUCGAUAGUCUGAAGAAUAUUCUUCAAAAUAAACCCCAAGUAUUUGGUCGACAACCGGGAGAACUC